AUGCCUGCUGUCGAGGAUGACGGAGAGAAGCCUGGGUACAGCUACGCUACUCUGAUCGGCAUGGCCAUUCUUCGCGCUCCUAACCGUCGCCUUACUCUUGCUGAAAUCUACAACUGGAUUUCAUCCACAUUCAAGUACUACCGCGACUCCGAUUCCGGAUGGCAAAACUCCAUUCGUCACAAUCUUUCCUUGAACAAGGCUUUCGUCAAGCAGGAGAGGCCAAAGGACCAGCCUGGGAAGGGAAAUUACUGGACAAUCGAG